AUGUCUGCGCACGCACCGACUCUUUCACGCCUACACUCCCAAGAUGGCUCAUCGCAUGAAGACAAACGCUCGCUGGAGGAAACGCCCGACACGACCCGCGCCCCUUCAAGGCCUGAACCGGUGCGGCGCAUGGGCGAGAUCGACGUCUCGAUGGGUGUCGCCCGCAUAGAAGCCAUCAACAGCUGCUUGACGACGCCUCUGCGCGCCUGGCUGAUGUUUUCUGCCUUCCUCGUCGCCUAUGCCUACGGACUCGAUGCUACGGUCCGCGGCACCCUUCAAAGCUACGCCACCAGCUCGUUCCAGAACCACUCGCUUCUCGCGACCGUCAACGUCCUCAAGAGCAUUGUGGCGGCGGCUUCCUACCCCGCCUACUCGAAGAUCGCCGACACCUUCGGGCGACCCGAGGUCGUACUGUUCUCCGUCGUCAUGUAUGUCAUCGGGACCAUCGUCGAGGCGACGAGCACGAACAUCCAAAGCUUCUGUGCAGGCGCUGUACUGUACCAGUUCGGCUACUCCGCCGCGAUCCUCAUCGUCGAGGUCAUCAUCUCGGACUUGACGAGCCUUCGCAGCCGUCUCUUCUUCUCCUACAUCCCCGCGCUCCCCUUCAUCAUCAACUGCUGGGCCGGAGCGAACGUCGUCGCCCAGAUCCAGGCAACGACAACCUGGCAGGUCGGCAUCGGCAUUUGGGCGGCGGUCUACCCGUUCUGCUGCCUCUGCCUCCUCGGCCCGCUCUACAUCGCCCAGCGUCGAGCUAGGCGCGCGGGCAAGCUCGACGGCUAUCUCACGCCUUUCCAGCAACUCGGCUUCAAGCGGCUCAUGGUUACCGUCUUCUGGGAGCUCGACCUCGUCGGCUCGAUCCUCAUCAUCGCCGUCCUCGCCUUGAUUCUUCUUCCGUUCACGCUUGCCGGCGGAGUCGACAAGGAAUGGGCUGCUGAGCACAACAUCGCCAUGCUCGUCAUCGGCGUCGUUGUCUGCAUCCCGCUCCUCAUCGUCUGGGAGACCAAGUACGCCAAGGUCCCGGCGCUUCCUUUCCACCUCCUCAAGACCCGCACCGUCCUCGGCUGCCUGGGUAUCGCCACCUUCCUUGACGUCUGCUGGUACAUGCAGGGCGACUACCUCUACACGGUGCUCGUCGUCGCCUUCCACGAGUCCGUCCUCUCGGCCACGCGCAUCACCUCGAUGUAUUCGUUUGCCAGCGUCAUCACCGGAACGCUCGCCGGCCUCUUCGUGCGGUUCUGCCUACCACGCCUCAAACCGAUUAUCCUCGCGGGCGUAUCGCUCUGGUUCAUCGCCUUCGGCCUCCUCAUUCAUUACCGCGGCGGCGCAUCCGCGCAUUCAGGCAUUGUUGGCGCGCAGGUCUUGCUCGGCAUCUCGGGCGGCCUCUUCCCCUACCCCGCGCAGACGCUCAUACAGACGGCAGGCAACCACCAGCACACCGCAAUUCUUCUCUCGAUCUACCUCGCCAUCUACAACGUCGGUUCAGCCAUCGGCGCGACCAUCUCGGGCGCAAUCUGGACGCAAGUCCUGCCCGGCAAGCUCGAGAUCGCUCUUGGCGGCAACACUACGGCCGUCCAGGAAUGGUACGGUAGUCCUUUCACGGCGAUCACGACAGCCGCCGGACAGUGGGGCCAGCCCGACAGGAUGGCCGUCGUCGAUGCUUAUCGACACGUCCAGCGACUGCUCUGCAUCACGGGCAUCGCGUUUGCCGUGCCUCUCCUUCUCUGCGCCCUCGUCGUCCGCGACCCUGUCCUCGGCAAGGAGCAGAGUCUGCCGGACGCCGAGAAGGAUGUCAAGGCGAGGGUCGACCGGAUCUAG